AUGAAGCUCAUCAUUUUCUUCAUCUGCGUACCUUUUGUUUACUCAGAGAGGCACACCUUCAUCACACUUUACACUGAAAUAAAUGGACAGACGGUUGAGGGAAUCCCAGAUAUUUCUGCUGUAACUACACUGGAUGGACAGCAGAUUGAUUAUUAUGACAGUGAGAUAAAGAAGCUGAUUCCCAAACAGGACUGGAUGAAGGAGUUUGCAUCUGAAGACAGAUUUAAAGAAUACACUGAGUUCAGAGAACGAGUGCAGCAGACCAACAAAAUCAACAUUACUGUUCUAAUGGAGCAAUUAAAUCAGUCGCAUGGUGUUCAUGUGUAUCAGAGGAUGUAUGGAUGUGAUUGGGAUGAUGAGACUAAUGACUCUCGUGGGUUUGAUCAGCACGGUUAUGAUGGACAGGAUUUCAUCUUUCUAGACAUGAAGGAGCCCAGAUACGUCACACCUGUACUGCAGGGAAUAAUCACAAUGCAGAAGUUGAACAAGGACAGAGAACAGCUUGAAUUACUGAAACAAUACUACGAACAAGACUGCGUUGACUGGAUAAAAUAUUUCUUGAUGUUAGGGAAAGCGGCUUUAGUGAAAAGAGAGGAAGUGUCUCCUCUAGUGUCUCUGUUACAGAAGGAUUCCUCCUCUCCAGUGGAGUGUCAUGCCACAGGUUUUUACCCAUCAGCAGUGACUAUCACCUGGUUAAGAAAUGGACAGCAGCACGACGAGGAUGUAGAUCUUGGACAGUUACUACCAAAUGAGGAUGGGACCUUCCAGAAGACAUCUACCCUCAAUAUUCAUCCAGACGACUGGAAGAAGGACGAGUAUGUUUGUGUGGUGGAGCACGAGGGAAAGACCAUCCAGAAGACUGAGGAGGAGAUCAUUAGUAACAAAAACAACUGGAAGAUGAACCAGUAUUUUUGUGUGGAGGAGCACAAGGCAAAGACCACCCAGAAGAUUCGUGAUCAAGAUUAAUGAAGAAACCAAAGUGUGAGCAGAAAAUCUGUCAAAAUAAAAAGCUGACCUGCAGUGACAAAAAUCUUUGAAGAGUUUCCUCCAAUCAUCUGCUAUUUUCCCAGAUUUCAGAAUAACUGGGAAUCUUUCCAGCACA